AUGAAGUCUUCAUUACCAUCCUCACAGGAACGAGAAGAUUCUUCAGCGCAUAUCUGGCGGGAUUCCCUCAGGGAAACGGUAGCGCACACCCUCAACUCCACCGAAGCAUUUUACGCCCAUUCGAAGAUUCUAGUGACGGCUCUGGAUGGCCCUGGUGUAGGCAUUGCAGCGGCCCUAAUCUCGUUUGUUGAUUUCGUCUUUUGCGCACCACACACUUACCUUCUCACCCCCUUUUUUACGAGCCUCGGGCUUAUCGACGAAGGCGGCGCUUUAGUAGGAUUUGUGAGGCGUAUGGGGGUGAGUAAGGCGAUGGGGGCGCUGCUUAAGAGCGGGGAUGAGAAAUUAAGGGAGCGAGUAGUUGCUCAUGUUGAUGAUAUUUUGGAAGAGCAUCUGGUGGGUUCGGUCUUGCUUGAGACGAAGAAGCCUCUUGUGUUAGUGAUGAAGCGGCAGGUUGAUCUGAGUCUGAUGGCGGAGUUGAUUGGGGAGGGGGGGGGGGGGGUUGAAGAGGCAGAUGUUGGGGAUUCCGUGGAGAGGGUUUAA